UAAAUGGCAGGUUUAACUUAAAAUGGGGGUCCCGAAUAAAUUUUAUUCGUUCUGGUUUUUAAGUUCGCCUUAGUAUAUAAAGCUACCGAAUACUUGAAAUGGAAUACACACUCUCAGCAGUCGAAAAACAACAACGUUGAAAAUGGAAUUGGCUUUGUGGAUACUUUUUUUCUUCGUGAGUUUGGUUCAAGGUAAUGACAACCGAUACUUGGUUGAGUCAGAAGAGAAAUCAAAUGAUCAAGAGGCCUACGAAAGCUACAACUCCCCAGUCAUUGGUGCAAAAUCUGGAAAUUAUGCUCCAAAAUCAGGUUACCCGCUCCCUCCAACUGUUCCAGCAGGAUAUUCUAAUUACCUUUCAGGAUUAGGCUACGGUUACGGCCUCUCUCCUUACAGCCGAUACGGUGUCAUGCCAUCUCCAUAUCUUAAUUACGGAAGUCCAUACAACGCACUCCCCUACGGCUAUGGUGCAGGUUUGAACUCAGUCCUAGGUACCGGCUUGGGUCUUGGAAACCCUGUUUUAGGUAACCAAAUUCUUGGAAACCCAGGAUAUGGUGGUUUAGGUUACAGAUUUGGUGGAUUGGGUUACAAUGCUGCUUACUUUAGAGCACCUGGAGUUCCAGCACCACUUCCCUCUCCUUACGGCGCUGCUCCAGUACCUGCUGGUCUAACAAAUGGUGUUCUACCAUUGCCAGCGUCUUAUGCAGGAGCUGGAGUACCCGUUCCAGGCCCAGCAGUAGCAGGUAGACCUCCAGUAAUAACUACCCAAGGAAAAGAUGGUUCUCUAAGAUAUGCGUAUUCUCCUCAAAGAGUUCCUGGUUACUAAUC